GGCACAAUGUACAUAGGAACGCUACUUAUCGGGCUCGGCUACGGUGCCCAUUGGGCCAUCGUCCCCGCCGCCGCCUCCGAACUAUUCGGCUUAAAAAACUUCGGAGCAUUAUACAAUUUCCUCACGAUUGCCAACCCCGCAGGUUCUUUGAUAUUCUCCGGUCUUAUAGCGAGCGGCAUAUACGACUACGAAGCGGAGAAACAAGCUCAUGUUCCUCGGAGUUCUCUCGCCGACGAGCCGUUGAAAUGCGAGGGGGCCAUUUGCUUCUUCACGAGUUCGUUGAUCAUGUCGGGACUAUGCAUUGUCGCGAUCAUUUUGAGCCUCAUUCUCGUUCAUCGGACGAAGGUCGUUUACGCGCACUUAUACGGGCACGCUCGAACAUGAAAAGUAUAUGUUUGAGAAAAAGAGAAUUUUAUUCAAUUACGUGAUAAGUUCAAUGUUGAAGUAUUAGUAUUGUAGUAAGCAUAACAAUGGCUUCAUCCCUUGCAUUUGUGUAUUCUUUUAAUUGCACUUAAUCUACUUUUUUUUUUUUUU